UGAAAACGUGUGACAUGACGGCUGUAUGUUGAAUCGGCGUAGCUCUUGUGGACGCAGGGAACGCAGUAAAUACGGAGGCAGCUGUUGCACGGGAGGCCAGCAGGCACUCGCUUUUAUUACUUGUGUUUGUUUUUCGUUGAUCGCCACAGAUGAAUGUCUGCCACAGGAACAAAAUGAUGAAAAACUGGGGUGUGAUCGGUGGAAUAGCUGCUGCCAUGGCUGCUGGAGUCUAUGUAUUAUGGGGGCCAAUUUCAGACAGGAAGAAGAAGAGAAAAGGUGGUAUGGUUCCUGGUCUGCUUAAUCUGGGGAACACAUGCUUUAUGAACUCACUUCUCCAGGGCCUGGCAGCGUGUCCUUCCUUCAUCAGAUGGCUUGAAGACUUUACAAGCGAAAGCAGCAUACCUCCAGAGAGAACUGAGAGAGACACUCAUCUGUCCAGAUCUCUGAUGCAGUUACUAAAAGCGCUGUCAAGUCAUGAUCCUGGAGAAGAUGAGGUUUUAGAUGCGGGAGGCCUUUUAGAAGCUCUCAGACUUUACAGAUGGCACAUCAGCUCCUUCGAGGAACAAGAUGCUCAUGAGCUCUUUCAUGUUCUCACAUCAUCCUUAGAGGAGGAACGUGAAAGCCAGCCCAGAGUUGCUCACCUGUUCGACAUGCAAACACUGGAGAAAUCUGUGGAGACCAAAGAAAAGAACAUAAGCUGCAGAACUGGAGGCCCAUUACAUCCUAUUCCAAGUUUAUGGAGGACACGGCACCCUUUUCAUGGGCGGUUAACAAGUUAUAUGGCUUGUAAACGCUGUGAGCAGCAGAGUCCUGUGCACUAUGAUUCUUUCGACAGCUUGUCUCUUUCUAUCCCGUCAGUACAGUGGGGCAGACCGGUCACUUUGGACCAGUGUCUCCAGCAUUUCAUCUCCUCUGAAACCAUCAAAGAAGUGGAAUGUGAAAACUGUACCAAGCAGCAGGCUGGGGAACUUGUAAAUGGAGAAGUCCUCGAGAGUCAGAAGACAACUUUCGUCAAGCAGCUGAAACUCGGAAAGUUGCCUCAGUGCCUCUGCAUCCAUUUGCAGAGAUUAACGUGGUCUAAGGAGGGUGCUCCCAUUAAGAAACAAGAGCAUGUUCAGUUUACAGAAUAUUUGUCUCUGGAUCGAUACAAACAUUGUACAGCGGGUCAGAACCUCCAGAGCACCAGAGGAACAAAUAAGCCCAUAUCUGUCAAAGCUGCCGGGGACCCAAAAGACAAAAGCAUUGCUAAUGGUGUUGAUUCAGAACACUGUAACAACAAUAAGCCACUGUCCAACGGAACCUUUCCCUCCAUCUUUCUACACUCACCAGGACUAAGCUCACAGCUCAACCUCACUUACGACUACAGCAGCUCUGAGUAUCUCUUCCGCUUGACGGCCGUCCUGGUUCAUCACGGAGACAUGCACUCUGGGCACUUUGUCACUUACCGCCGCUGCCCUGCCGCCCCUCGUGGAACGUCUGCUUUCAGCUCCCAGUGGCUUUGGGUGUCUGAUGAUUCGGUGAGGAAAGCCAGCCUUCAGGAGGCGCUCUCCUCCAGUGCGUAUCUGCUAUUUUACGAACGAGUGCAAAGGCCCGGUCUGAGGGUGGGAGAGUAGCGUCUCAGCUGACCCGGUUUACUUAUUCUUACUUCAAAGCUAGAGCUUCUCUCCAUUCCAGGCCAUGCUGCGAUGGCCGAGUGCAACUGUGCAUCCCUGUGCAUGCAGUUUGGCGUGCAUGUCGUUUCUGAUCGCUCUUUGUGACACAGAGAGAGGGAAGAUGAGGACUCUGUAUAUCGUAGUUUCCACCUUAAUCUUGCUCAACGUCUAGCGUCGUUAUCUGAGCAUAAGAAUGAUGCCAGUCGUGAGUACUACUAGUUGCCACUGAUAUGGGGUUCACACUCAGAUUUGAAUUUUUUUUUGGGGUUAAGAAAACUCUACAUUUUCACUAUAAUGGUUUGUUGCAAAUUGACCUAGAAUUGUUGCCUUGCUCAUUAAGCUGAUGAUCUGUUAGAAGUACAUUUCACAUGGAAGUACAUUUCAUCAUGCAGUUUUUUAUUAUUAAUAAUGUGUCUUUGUCCGUUAAUGAUCUAUUGUGAAAAAUAAUAUAUUUAUGCAAUUUGCAUAUAAAGGUCUUUUGUAAGACAUAAACGCCACUAAUUUGUUUUUGUUUCACGUUUUAAGGGUAAUUAAGGGAGAUCAUGGGAUGUAUCCUCAUCAGGUGUUGCUUGUCUACAUGCAGAUCCGGGACCUGUUUCAUAAAACAAAUUCACCAAAUAAGCCAGGUUUAGUUCAGUUAGCCUGACUUAUUGUUAGUUGUUUUGGUGCAAAUAUACAGUAUGUUAGACUGACUGAAAUAACCCUGGCUUGUUUGUAAAACAUGUUUUCUGAAACAGCCCCCAGGUUUCAUAUGAAUCCUAUGUUUUCGUUGCAUAAUGGACAAAUCCCAUGUCAUUUUAUCUUUAGUGAAUACUUAGAAGAGAAACCUAGCAAGAAUAUGGAAAUGCAACCCAUAUUCCGAAGUAUUUACCAAAUAGAUUUGUACAUCCAUUUCCAGUGUUAUUCUAUAAAUUCCUUGUUAACUGUUGAUUGUACAUGAUGCUAUUUGCACAAUUGUAUAUUUUUAUGAUAUCAGUGUGUAUGAUUGUGUGGAGGAACGUUUUUCACAUGUAAAUUAAAUUAAAUAAAUCCUGCAA